AGUUACUGCGGGGAACAGGCGGAAGGCGGCCAUCUGGCCUCCAUCCAGAGCUUGGCAGAGUCAGCUUACGUGGCCAGACUGGCCUCCAAUCAUACCCGCAUCGUCGGUCUCUGGAUCGGACUGAGUGGUACAGGGAAGGCAUGCCAGGAACCCAACCGGCAAUGGAGUGAUGGCUCCCCCUUCGGCUACCAUUCAUGGAAAAAAGGACAACCCGACAACCUUUUAUGGAACUGCGUUCAGCUGUUGCCCUCAG